UCCUAUAUAUAUGGUUUUCAAAUGCACUUUGUAUCCUCCCACAUCUACUCUAAAGCUACUACAUACCCUAAUUUUCAAAUAACACCAUGAGAACAAGAUUUUGUAUCACUUAUCUACUCUUUUUAUUCAUAUAUUUCAACCUCUCCUUAGCCAACCCGAUACCUAAACAUCGUAGCUACAACCCAUGCAAACACAUAGUCCUAUACUUUCACGACAUCCUUUACAAUGGGAAGAAUGAAGCCAACGCGACUUCAGUUAUCGUGGCAGGUCCAGAAGGUACAAACAAGACCAUCUUAGCGGAAAAAUUCCAUUUUGGAAAUAUUGUUGUUUUCGAUGAUCCUAUUACUUUAGACAACAAUCUACAUUCCCCGCCUGUGGGGCGAGCCCAAGGGAUGUACAUUUAUGACACGAAGAACACAUUCACAUCAUGGUUAGGGUUUUCCUUUAGCCUCAACUAUAAGGAAUAUCAGGGCACCAUAAACUUCAUCGGGGUUGAUCCUAUCAUGGUGAAGCAAAGGGAUAUCUCGGUGGUUGGAGGUACGGGAGAUUUCUUCAUGCAUCGGGGAAUUGCUACCAUCAUGACUGAUUCGUUUGAAGGGGAAGUUUACUUUCGACUUCAUGUUGAUAUCAAAUUCUAUGAAUGUUGGGAAAAUUGAAUUGCCAUAGAUUGUAAUGCAAUUUCUCAUGGUGUACUACU